AUGGCUUCUCGAUCCCCGCCAGUGGGCACCCCGCUGCUGAAAUCCCCCGUGCCCGAGACGCCCUUUAAAGACGCGCCAACACCAGCACCGCAAAUAGUACCUUUCCCUUCACCACAGACCUUCGAGAUAAUCCCACCGUUGCAUGGAGUUCUCUCUCGCCUGCUCUCCUCGAAAGGUCAACAACCCAGUUCAUCGGACGCGCCCGGGGAUACAACAGGGGUCCCCGGAGCUUCCCAGGCGCAGACCCAACAGACACCUUCAAACAUCCCCAAUGGUGGACACAAUGGCAACUCUACCUCUUCACAUGCUGUACCAGAAGUAUCAGUCCUUGGUUCAAGUGCUCAUCCGUCGCUCGAUGUGAAAAACCUCCCUACCGAAACUAGCUCUGUCAGGAUUCGAAUCCAGAAGGCUCGUACGGUCGUUGAAGGACUACCGGAUGUGCAUCGGUCUGUCAAUGACCAACAAAGGGAGAUUGCAGAGCUGGAGGGUCGUGUGAGACGUUUGCGCUCUGUGAUCUCUGACUUUGGGAGUCGAGCAGGAAUGCUACAUGAGGACAAUACGAGGACCGUGGAAGCAUGA